UAUUAGCUCCCCCUUCUCUCUCUUUAGCCCUCUCACAUAUAACAUUUAAAAAAGAAGAUGGGAAAAUCUUCAAGCUCGGAGGAAAGUGAAGUGAAGAAAGGGCCAUGGACUCCGGAGGAAGACGAAAAGCUCGUCGGCUAUAUUCAAACGCACGGUCCCGGAAAAUGGCGAACCCUUCCUAAGAACGCCGGGUUAAAAAGAUGCGGGAAGAGUUGUAGAUUGCGAUGGACGAAUUAUCUAAGACCCGAUAUCAAGAGAGGAGAGUUCUCUCUUCAAGAGGAAGAAACCAUCAUUCAACUUCAUCGUCUUCUUGGAAACAAAUGGUCCGUUAUUGCUAUUCACUUGCCGGGAAGAACUGAUAACGAAAUCAAAAACUAUUGGAACACACAUAUAAAAAAGAAACUCUUACGUAUGGGGAUUGAUCCGGUGACUCAUUGUCCCCGAAUCAAUCUUCUCCAGCUCUCUUCGUUACUCACCUCAUCACUAUUCAAAUCUAUGUCCCAACCACCGAUGAAUACUCCAUUUGAUCUCACUACUUCAAAUAUUAAUCCCGAUGUCUUAAAUCACCUCAACAACGUUCAGACAGAAUCAUACCAACCAAACCAACAUCUCCAAAACGACCUAAACAGUACAGAACAAAUCACUUUCACCGGUUUGCUCAAUUCAACACCACCGGUUCAAUGGCAAAAUAAUGGAGAAUUUAUGGGAGACUAUCUCGAUUAUACCGGUUCAGGUGAUCCAUCUAAUAACCAAGUCCCUCAAACCGGAAACUACUCAUCAGCUUCAUUUUUAUCCGACCAUAUUAAUGACAGUGAGAGUUUCAAGGCCGGUUGGAAUUUCAGUUCAUCAAUGCUACCGGGGACUUCGUCGAGCAGCUCGACACCGUUGAAUUCGUCUUCGACUUUUCAUGUAAAUGGUGGAAGUGAAGAUGAUAGGGAGAGUUACGGUAGUGACAUGUUGAUGUUUCAUCAUCAUCAUGAUCAUAAUAAUGCUUCAAAUCUAUCAUAAUGUUUUGCUUCUUUUGCUUCUUGAUCUUAUUUGUUUUAUUUUUAUUUUUUUGUGGGGUUUGUAAUUGUGUUACAUAUACUUUUGUACUUUUCAGAGCUUAGCCGAUGUGAUGCUUUUUCUUCUA